UCUUUUUCUUACUUUUCGGGAUUUAGAUUUUGACGUUUGUUUGGAGUUGAAGACACUUGUUUGUAGGUGUUGAAAAUUCGAUUGAUUUGAAGCCAUUUGGGGUUAGGUUAUAAGUUGUAAUCAUACCCUUUUUUGAGAUUGAGAAAGGGCUCAUUUUGAAUCUGGGUUUCUCUUAGUUAUAGAUUGUCUUGAAAAGAGGGGUAUACAUAUACAUAUAUAUAUACACACACACAAAAGAAAGCUUAAUAAAAUCAUAUAAAUUAGUCGACAUGGUUAGUGGGAAUAUCUUCCAUUUUAGAAAGAAUUCAUGGCCUCCUGAAGAAUAUAUAAAUCGGACAAGUCUGCAACUGCUUGAUUUUGAUAGUGGCGCUCCUCCUGAACAAGCAUGGAGAAGGAAGUUAAACACCCAUGCUAGUAUUCUCAAGGAGUUCAGCAUUACUUUUAUGGAAGCAAUUAAAAUGAUUACACUUGGUAUACGUUUGUGGUCAUAUGUAAGAGAAGAGGCCUCCCAUGGAAGGAGGGCACCCAUUGAUCCGUUCAAUCGUGAAGGAAAGCCAUUAGCAAGCCAAGGGGUUCCACUUGGUGGGAUGGGAAGUGGCAGCAUAACUAGAGGUUUUAGAGGAGAAUUCAGGCAAUUCCAAAUCAUUCCGGGUACAUGUGAUUCUUCUCCGGUGAUGGCCAAUCAAUUCUCUAUUUUUAUAUCGAGAGAAGGUGGCCAUAAAAAAUAUGCAUCGGUUCUUUCUCCAGGCCAACAUGAAGGGAUAGGAAAAUGUACAGAUCAAGGUUUAUCGUCAUGGGGAUGGAAUUUGAGCGGCCAGCAUUCCACGUAUCACGCAUUAUUCCCACGAGCAUGGACAGUUUAUGAUGGUGAACCGGACCCGGACCUAAAAGUGUCAUGUCGCCAAAUUUCACCAUUUUUACCUCAUAAUUAUCGAGAUAGUAGUCUUCCAACUGCUGUAUUUGUUUAUACGUUGGUGAAUACCGGGAAGGAAAGGGCACAAGUCAGCCUUCUCUUAACGUGGGCAAACUCCAUCGGAGGUAUCUCGCAUCUUUCUGGAGACCAUGUGAAUGAACCAUUCAUAGGUGAAGAUGGAGUCUCCGGUGUGCUCCUACAUCACAAGACGGCAAAACAGAAUCAUCCCGUUACUUUUGCCAUAGCUGCCUGUGAAACCCAAAAUGUAAAUGUGACGGUUCUACCGAGUUUUGGGUUGUCUGAAGGAAACUCUGUUACCGCAAAAGAAAUGUGGGGUAAAAUGGCGCAGGAUGGACAAUUUGAUCAGGCUAACUUCAAUUCUGGGCCAACCGUUCCUUCAUCAUCUGGGGAUGCGAAUUGUGCUGCAGUGUCGGCUUCAACAUGGGUCGAACCAAAUGGGCGUUGCACCGUGGCUUUUGCCGUUGCAUGGUCAUCCCCGAAAGUCAAGUUUAUGAAAGGGAAAUCAUAUCACAGGCGAUACACGAGAUAUUAUGGUACUUCUGAGAGGGCGGCCGAGAACUUGGUUCACGAUGCUCUAACAAAUUACAAGAGGUGGGAAGAAGAGAUCGAGAAGUGGCAAAAUCCGAUCUUGAAAAACGACAAGCUACCAGAAUGGUAUAAAUUUACGUUAUUCAACGAGCUCUACUUCUUGGUUGCCGGUGGCACAGUCUGGAUCGACACGCCGCUGCCAACAGCUGAUUUUGUGCACGGCCAGCAACGUCAUCCGAAGGCGAUAUUGAACACAAAUGGUGGUCAUAACGGUAUCGGUGACAAUGGUUUUGCACAUGAUGACGAAAGUUCGGUUACGACUUCUAGUGAAGACGAACCUGAAGCUCCCGAGCGAGAGGACCGGAAGCGUUCUUUGGAGCUGUAUUCGGGAUCGUAUAAUGACAAUGAGGAUGUUGGGAGCUUUCUUUAUUUAGAAGGCGUGGAAUACGUCAUGUGGUGUACUUACGAUGUUCAUUUCUACGCAUCCUUUGCUCUUCUCGAGCUAUUCCCGAAGAUCGAACUCAGCAUUCAACGGGAAUUUGCUAGAGCCGUGUUAUUUGAGGACACAAGAAAGGUCAAGUUUCUAGCAGACGGAAAGUGGGGAAUUCGCAAAGUUAAAGGAGCGAUUCCGCAUGAUCUUGGAACUCAUGAUCCAUGGCACGAGAUGAAUGCAUACAACAUACACGAUACGAGCAAAUGGAAAGAUUUGAACCCGAAAUUUGUGAUCCAAGUGUACCGUGACUUUGCUGCGACCGGGGAUUUAUCAUUUGGAACGGAAGUGUGGCCCGCCGUUUGCGCUGCCAUGGCUUAUAUGGACCAAUUUGACCGAGAUAACGACUGUCUGAUUGAAAAUGAUGGUUUCCCGGAUCAAACAUACGACGCUUGGACCGUUCACGGUGUUAGCGCGUACUGUGGUUGUUUAUGGCUCGCUGCACUUCAAGCUACGGCAGCCAUGGCGGCACAGCUUGGCGAUGGAGCCACUGCCGAGGCGUAUAAAACGAAAUUCAUCAAGGCGAAAGCAUCAUUUGAGGCAAAGCUGUGGAACGGAUCAUACUUCAACUACGAUAGCGGAUCGAGUAAUAAUAGCAAAUCUAUUCAAGCCGAUCAGCUUGCAGGUCAGUGGUAUAUGGCGGCCGCUGGCUUGCCGAAUCUCUUCGAUGAUGCUAAGAUUCGUAGCUCCCUGCAAAAGAUUUACGAUUUUAACGUUAUGAAAGUCGGAGGAGGUAGGAUGGGGGCAGUAAAUGGUAUGCAUCCUAACGGAAAAGUCGACGAAACUUGUAUGCAGUCCCGUGAAGUGUGGGCAGGAGUCACGUAUGGUCUUGCUGCCACCAUGAUUCACGCCGGGAUGGAAGAACAGGCGUUGACGACUGCUGAAGGUAUAUUUACCGCUGGCUGGUCGGAGGACGGUUUCGGGUAUGCAUUUCAGACACCAGAAGGAUGGACAAUGGACGGGCAUUUUCGGUCGCUCGUAUACAUGAGACCACUUGCAAUUUGGGGUAUGCAAUGGGCGUUGUCUCCGGCAAAGGUGGUUCUGAAUGCACCUUUGAUUAACAUGAUGGACAGGGUCCCUGAAUCGCCUUCUAUUUCGAGCAGCGAGACGAGCGUCAAAAAGAUGGUUCACAAAGCCAAGUGCUUGAGCGGUUCCGUGUUCAAUUGCUCGUGCUGACGGUGUUUGUGAAGCUGCAUUCAUCUCGUAACCGUAGUGUGGUAUUAGGUGCAAAUAGUCGAUGUAUCCUUUGUUGGAAGAAGGAUUACUGGUGAUGUUAGUUGCUAAAUUUAUAUACUGAAUCAGUUUAAAAUCUAAUUGAUUCUUCAACAAUGACACCGUGAUUCAUUAUUAUUUAAGCCACUUGCCUCAGCUUUGAAUCCUGACUUGGCUUAAUACAUAUACUUCAAAAUUUAUACA